ACUCCAAUGGCUUUGGCAAGUGACAAACAAGCAAAUGAAGAGAUUAAUGAGCUAAUGCUCUCCCUUCCCAAGGAGAUGGGUUUGAAUGCAGGUCCCUAUCUCCAUCUAUUUCAAGAUUUUUGGUGUCCAUCAUUUUAUUUUCAAGGAGUGAUCAACUUUCAAAAACAUUUUCAUGCAAAAGACAGUGAUGUUUUUGUUGCCAGCUUUCCAAAAUCAGGUACCACCUGGUUGAAAGCCCUUACUUUUCUCAUUUUAAACCAUCAACGUUUUCCUUCUUUUGAGAACCAUCCAUUACUUUCUUCCAAUCCUCAUGAACUUGUGUCUUCCCUUGAAUUCAUCUUCUCUCAUGAUUUGCAUGACCAAAUUCUUAACCUCUCCAACAUGAGUGAGCCAAGACUUUUUUCUACUCACUUACCAUUCUCUUCAUUACCUAAAACAAUGACAGAGUCCAAGUGCAAGAUCAUUUAUAUAUGCAGAAAUCCAUUUGAUACUUUUGUUUCAGCAUGGGAAUUUUCUACUAAAAUAAAGUCAGUGUUUUCACCUGCAUUAACAUUUGAGGAAGCGUUUGAAAAGUAUUGCAAUGGGAUAGCUGGGUUUGGUCCAUGGUGGAGUCAUAUGUUAGGUUAUUGGAAUGAGAGCAUAACUAAACCAGACAAGGUUUUGUUCUUAAAGUAUGAAGAUCUUAAAGAGGAUGCAGUGUUUCAUGUGAAAAGAAUUGUAGAGUUUUUGGACUCUCCUAUCGCUCAAGAAGGAGAGAGCAGCGCAGUGAUUGAAAACAUAAUCAAUCUAUGCAGAUUUGAGAAGAUGAAGGAUUUGGAAGUGAAUAAAUCAGGAUAUAUACACAAUAUUGCAGAGAAGAACAACUUCUUUCGGAAGGGUAAAAUAGGAGAUUGGAAAAAUUACUUUUCUCCUUCUAUGGUAGAAAAGCUUUCCAAAAUCAUUGAAGAAAAGUUAAGUGGAUCAGGUCUAUCAUUUAAAGUGCAUUCCUAGAUUUUAAUUAAAGAUGUGACUGCGUUAUGUUUUAUG